UUUAUCAUUGCUCUUUCCUGGCACGUCUUCAUUUUCUAAGAAACAGUAAUUAAGUUUUAAUCUAAUUUACUUAAUUUAUUUGACGAAAAUGAUAAAAAUGCGUUAGUGUUAGGCCUGAACAGGAAAUAUUCCAAAUUUCAUAGCACAUGAAUCUUUUAGAAUAGACUACCAUAGUGAGUAAUGGGUUUGACCGAGGGCAAUGCCUACCUCUAUCACUUCACCCUCUUGUUGCUUAUACCAACAACAAUAUCUGAUGAGGGAUCUGGGAGCAAGUGCGACUCUGAGAUACUUUUAGAGUCCAGUGGUGCCAACUAUACAAUCUAUAACCCUGCUUACCCAGAAACCUAUUCUCCAGGUCAAAAAUACACCUGGUGCGUCUCAGCCCCUGAAAACUACACCAUAUCACUUCUCUGUGACGAAUUCGAUAUCCCAAGUAGUGAUGGUUGCAAGAUUGAUGCGUUGACUGUCUCGACUGGUGACAACGAGACCAGAUCCUACUGUGGGAGCAAUCCAAUCAGAGCAACUUCUGAGUCCAAUGAAAUUAGAAUACAGCUGCGCUCCAGCAAGAAGAGGCGAGGCGGGAAGUUCUUCUGUCGUGUGGUAUCUGAGGAGCCAGAGAUCUACAGUACGAGAGCGAUUAUCUAUGAAGACUGUGACUGUGGAUACUCUUACAGAGCAAGAAUUGUUGGGGGACAAGAAACUGGGAUCAACGAGUUCCCAUUCAUGGCAGGUCUAGUGGAUGCUAGACGUGGAGCUGUUAUUGUAUGCGGUGCGUCCAUCAUCAGUCGGCGCUAUGUUAUCACAGCCAAUCAUUGUCUUCCUCCCCUGAAAGUGGAGCACACUGCAGUCGUGGUGGGAGAACACAACAUCUCCACAGGUAUGGAGACACCAGAAACAAAGCUGAUAAGAGUGAAGCGGUUCAUACCAUACCCCUACUACAACAGUGUGACUAGACAGUAUGACAUAGCUCUGAUAGAGCUAGUGUCUCAGAUCGCAUACACUAUGAGAGUGGGGCCUGUCUGCCUGCCCUUCAUGUCUAGGAACUGGGACCUCACAGGGGAGGCUGUCACGGUUCUAGGUUGGGGAACAACAGAAUUUGGAGGUCCUCGAUCUCGGGUGUUGCAGAAAGGUACUGUAGACCUCAUCAACAUUCAAGAUUGCAAAAAUUCUUAUGGCGAAACCAUAGAACCAUACACCCAACUGUGCACUUACAGGCAGAACGUGGAUGCUUGUCAGUACGAUUCUGGCGGGCCGCUGACCUGGUUUAACUAUUACAUCAACCGCUAUGAGUUUACGGGAAUAGUGAGCUAUGGAAAAGCUUGUGCCACCGACGUACCCAGUGUCAACACCAAGGUGGCUCCAUUCCUUCAGUGGAUACUCGAUAAUACUCCGAGUGAAACGUACUGUUACAAGUCUCAAUGACAACUUGUCCAUCAAACUGUUGUGCCAUAACAAAACUGUAUUCCACCAAUAAAGUAUUUAUUACAAUUAAAA